UACGAUUUACAUCUUGUGUCUAUCUUGAGCCCUGAUACUACAGGCCAGAAAAGCUAUCGAUCCUUCAGUGUCUAUACUGUCCCUGAAAAAGUGUUUUCUUUUGUUUGUUGUUUUUUGAAACCAGGUCAGUGUAGCCCAGGCUGGCCUUGAACUCAUGAAUCUCCGGCCUCAGGCACCAGCGUGGCCAGGAUCACAGAAAAGGCGGCGACGAAUUGACCGCAGUAUGAUCGGAGAGCCAACAAACUUUGUACACACAGCUCAUGUCGGGUCAGGAGACUUGUUCAGUGGAAUGAAUUCAGUCAGCUCCAUUCAGAACCAAAUGCAGUCCAAGGGCGGCUACGGCGGGGGCGGGCUGGCAGCCAACGUGCAGCUGCAGCUGGUGGACACCAAGGCGGGGUAGCCCCGGGCUGGCCGGCCGGGCUCCCAGUCAUUGUGAACUUCGAUAUUUUCUCUGCCCACUACUCUGUCACUUUGUCUUGUGAUUGCAUUCUUUCGUCCUUAACUACAAAAGAAGUUGACGGGCACCUUGCCCACCCCUGCGACCACGCCAGUGAUGCUGCUGCUCUGCCCUGAGACCACGCUGUGGGCACUCGAGACAGGACUGCAGUGCCCAGGGCGCGGGCGGGAGGGUCUGACCCUACUGAGCAUGAUAUGUUCUGGGACUGCCGGCACCAGCCCGCAGUUUUCCCAUCGUAGACAUUUCAUUUCCGCCCUGUGAUUUUACUGCUAAGUUAACUUGCCACCUUGGGAAGGUAUGAGACCCACAAGCACAAUGAUCGUUUAUAUUUGUUUGAAACUUCAGCAGAAUAGAUAUUUGCAUGCUUGAUGGAGUUGAUGUGGUGGCCCAUGGGAUGUGAGAAAUGAGUGUUUCUCUUCUGCCACGGGCUGGUACUGCUGCUAUUAGAGAGUUUUGCUGUGGCACCAAGUCGUGUCAGUCGUCCACAGAGAAAGCUAACUUGGUAGCUUAUUUCCAGACGUCUUGACUUUUUGGUCUGUCUGACUAGAACUGCAGUAAGAGAAAGGCUGGCAUCCCCAAGGCAUGCCUUCGGUGUAAGUGUGCAGCACAUGUACUUUGAGGGCUAGGACGUGUGGUAGUGAACAGGUAUGUUGUGGGGAGACCCAUCCCGGCAACUCUGAGCAGCGCCUUCAUCCUGCCAGCUGUUCAUUCUUUGGGCUCUUGUUCCCUUUCUAUGUCUUCUGUGUAAUGUGCUGGUAUCCAGUUGUUUCUGGCAGCAGUGUAUUGGGCUUCAGUUUGGCUAAGUUGCCAAAAGCAGCACACUGACCUGGCUGAAUCGCUGCCUGUGAGAACGACCAGUACGGUGACUUUUUAUGGUAUUGGUAAGAAGCCUUUGCUCAGGUUCCAAAAUGUUUAUCUUUCACAAAUUUUGUGUAUUUCAAAUAUUUCUAUAAAUGCUUCUGUCAUGUAGUAGAGCAUAGGGUUAAAUUAAGCCAGAGUCAGUGUAGUAUUAAAUGUUUAAAUCCUAUGUCCAGUUCAGGCCUAUCUACCUUUGGUAGGGUUAACAUUUCAUGCAGGAAAUGGCGCUUAAUGGAAAACUUAGAGAGCUAUAAGGGAUUAGUGUUUGCAUAGAGGAACACGAUAGUUUUCUCUUCUGCCUUCAUUUAGCCCCUUUCCCAGGGAAAAGCUUAGUCCCAGGUAAUUUAAGAAACCUUUGGUUUAUGUAAAACAAAGCAUUUCUGAAGUUGCUUUAUUUACCCAGCAGAGUGGUGAACCAGGAGGAGAUCCUUGUAUCUUGCAGUUUUGGGCCUUCAGAUGUGUCCAUGCCAAGCAGAGAGAGGCAGUUGAGUAAUUUACCCUUUAAUCCAUCUGUUGUCUUUACUUCACUAUGGAUGCUGCGUUCCAGGAUUCGCCUGCGUGCCCUUGCCACUCCUCCUCCAGGACACCGCCGUGCACGGACGGGGUUUCCUUGGCUUUGUCAGCAUGGGGAGAGCAGUGUUCUGUAUUGUCACAUAACUCCUGGAACAGCAUCCAGGAGCCACUGUCCCUCUGCCUCAGCUCUUGAGGACUUCGGUAUUCAUGUCUCCCCA